AGUCACGAAACGGAAAGGAUGUGUGUACGCGCGUAUGUGUGCGUACGUCUGGUGUGUUGGUGUGUAUGAAAGAAAAUUAGCAAGAUCAGCAAGUGCGAGAAAAAAUCUGAAGAAUUAGCUUUCGUUUGCUUGCCCGACGUAUUCUGUCCACCUGUCUGCAAGCCGCGAGUGGACGACAACCGUUCGCGACCAGCACAAUUGUUGCCGUUGCCGCAAAUUGCCGAAAUAGCGAGCCGUGUUCGUGUCGCUGAGUUGUUCUGUGCGUUCUAUCGGUGUGUGCGUAAUUGACAGCCUCGCGUUGCGGGAAUCGGUAGGAGAAUUUUUCUCUGGUGGUGAAAGAAAUCGAGCUCCGGUCGUGGUGCGAAUUAAGUGCGAGUUUGUUUGCGGUUGCAAAAAUUCUUCCCCGAUUGUUUGGUCCGGAAAGAAAAGCACAUCCUGCGAGCCGUGAAACAAAUUUGGUCCAACGAGCAUCGACCCAUCAUCACACAAAGUGUCACGGUGUUUUUCGUUGCGUGCGGUUUUUGUCGGCAGUCACAACAACAAUUCACAGUUGCUGAUUGGGUAGCUGCUGCCUGUGUGGGAAAAGCCAACGCUCAUCAGAAUGGCGUCGUAUCAGAUAGCGAAUCUGCUGGAGAAGAUGACGUCCAAUGACAAGGACUUUCGCUUCAUGGCCACCAACGAUCUGAUGACGGAGCUACAAAAGGACAGCAUCAAGCUGGACGAUGAAUCGGAGAAGAAAGUCGUCCGGAUGGUGCUGCGUUUGCUGGAGGACAAGAAUGGUGAAGUGCAGAACCUUGCCGUCAAAUGUCUUGGCCCGCUGGUAAACAAAGUGAAGGAAAAUCAGGUGGAAACGAUAGUGGACCUGCUGUGCGCCAACAUGGUGUCCAACAAUGAACAGCUGCGCGACAUUUCCAGCAUAGGGCUGAAGACGGUCAUAUCGGAGCUGCCACAAUCGUCCAACUCGCUCGUGCCGAACGUUUGUCAGCGCAUCACCGGUAAGCUGAGUGUAGCGAUCGAGAAGGAGGACGUUUCGGUACAGCUCGAGGCGCUGGACAUACUGUCCGAUCUGUUGUCGCGAUUCGGCGACUUGCUCGUACCGUUCCACGAGCUCAUUCUGAAGGCGCUAGUGCCGCAGCUCGGUUCGGCCCGGCAGGCGGUUCGCAAGCGCACGAUAGUGGCACUGUCACACCUGUUGACCACCUGCAACAACAACGCUUACAACAAGGUGAUCGAGCACUUGCUCGACGGAUUGGAGAAACCGCAAAAUCCUGGCACCAUCCGAACGUACAUCCAGUGUCUGGCGGCGAUCUGCCGGCAGGCCGGGCAUCGGCUGUGCAAUCACAUCGAGCGUGUGAUGUUCCUGCUGAACCAGUACAGCCUGCGGGAUGACGACGAGCUGCGCGAGUUCUGUCUGCAGGCCUGCGAAGCCUUUGUGCAGCGCUGCCCGGAAGCAAUCAUACCCCAUAUUCCAACGAUUGUAGAUCUUUGCCUCAAGUACAUCACCUACGAUCCGAACUACAAUUACGAGGCCGAUGAUGGUGACGGCGGUACCUCCAUGGAGAUGGAGGACGACGAGGAGAUCGAUAGCGAAGAGUACAGCGAUGACGACGAUAUGAGCUGGAAGGUGCGCCGUUCGGCUGCCAAGUGUUUGGAGUCGGUCAUCUCAACCAGACACGAGCUGCUGGAAGAGUUUUACAAAACACUUUCCCCGGCGCUUAUCGCACGCUUCAAAGAGCGCGAAGAAAACGUCAAGUCCGACAUAUUCCACGCGUAUAUUGCCCUGUUGAAAUCGACCCGCCCGAUGGGCGAUGAUAUCGGGCACGAUCCCGACUCGAUGGAGCAGAUUCCUGGCCCGAUCAGCAUGCUUACCGACCAGGUGCCAACGAUAGUGAAAGCGGUACAGCCGCUUAUGCGUGAAAAAUCCGUCAAAACCCGUCAGGAUUGCUUUCUGCUGUUGCGUGAGCUGCUAAACGCCCUGCCCGGCGCACUUUCGAACCAUAUCGAUCAACUAAUGAACGGCAUACACUACUCGCUGAACGAUAAAAACUCCACGUCCAACAUGAAGAUUGACGCGCUUGGCUUCGUGUACUGCAUGCUGGUCGGACACAAUCCCCAGGUGUUCCACGCGCACAUUCAGCUGCUCGUGCCGCUCGUCGUGAACGCAGUGUUUGACCCGUUCUACAAAAUUGCUACCGAGGCCCUGCUCGUCCUGCAGCAGCUGGUGAAGGUUAUCCGGCCGCUCGACAUGCAAACGUCGUUCGAUUUUACGCCGUACGUUAGUCAACUGUACACGAGCACGCUGCAGAAGCUGCGUUCGCCGGAGGUAGAUCAGGAGGUGAAGGAGCGGGCGAUUGCCUGCAUGGGCCAGAUCAUUGCCAACAUGGGCGAUGUGCUGCAACCGGAGCUGGUGACCUGUUUGCCACUGUUUAUGGAGCGUCUGCGCAACGAGGUGACGCGGCUGAGCUCGGUUAAAGCGCUCACCAUGAUUGCUGCCUCACCGCUGCGCGUUAACCUAAGCCCGAUUAUCGCCGAAGUCAUACCGGUGCUGGGAUCGUUCUUGCGUAAAAACCAGCGCGCGCUCAAGCUCAACUCGCUCACGCUGCUCGACACGCUCGUGACGCACUACAGUCAAUUCUUGGAUCCGAUGUUGUUACGCGGUGCCGUAGCCGAGGUGCCACCGUUGCUGAGCGAAUCGGAUCUGCAUGUUGCGCAGCUUUCGCUCGUGCUGCUAACCUCGGUCGCACGCCAACAGCCCGAAGCGCUGGUCGGCGUUCACGAGCAGAUUUUGCAGGAAGUAAUGACACUGGUGCGCUCACCCCUCCUGCAAGGCACGGCAUUGAACUGCACGCUCAAGCUGUUCCAGGCGCUGGUACAGGCCCAGCUGCCGGGACUGAGCUAUCGCCAUCUGCUGGCGAUGCUGAUGAACCCGGUGUACAAUCAGCAGCAGCACGGCGGCAGUCCGCUGCACAAGCAGGCGUACCAUUCGCUGGCCAAGUGUAUUGCCGCACUGACGCUGCAGGUCCCGAACGAGGCACUGACAGUGGCGGGCGAGUUUCUGCGCGAGAUUCAAAAUCGUCGCAACGAUUCGCAUCUCAUGUUUUACCUGCUGACCAUCGGCGAAAUUGGGCGUCAUUUCAAUCUGCACACAAUCGAUACUCUGGCGCAAACAAUCCUGAACUGUUUCUCGGCCUCGUCCGAGGACGUGAAGGGAGCGGCCAGUCACGCGCUCGGUGCGAUCGCAGUCGGUAAUCUCAAUCACUAUCUGCCCUUCAUACUGAACGAGAUCGAGGCGCAGCCGAAACGGCAGUAUCUUCUGCUCCACUCGCUGAAGGAAGUCAUCUCGUCGCUGUCGACCAGCAAGGCCGGUCUGGAGCAGCUGUUGCCGUCCGUGCCAUCGAUAUGGACGCAGCUGUUCAAGCACUGCGAAUGCUCGGAAGAAGGUUCGCGGAACGUGGUGGCCGAAUGUUUGGGCAAGCUUGUGCUGGUGAACCCGGAAGAGCUGCUGCCCCGGCUACAGAUGGCUCUGCGCAGCGAAAGCGCGCUCAUGCGCACCGCCGUCGUGUCGGCCAUCAAAUUUACCAUCUCCGACCAGCCCCAGCCAAUCGAUCCGCUGCUGCGGCAGUGCAUUGGGCAGUUUCUGUUUGCCCUGCAGGAUCCGGAACCGUCGGUGCGGCGCGUAGCGCUGGUCGCGUUCAAUUCGGCCGUUCACAACAAGCCAAGCUUGGUGCGCGAUCUGCUGCCCGAGCUGCUGCCCCAGCUCUACUCCGAGACGAAGGUGAAGAAGGAGCUGAUCCGCGAGGUGGAAAUGGGCCCGUUCAAGCAUACCGUCGACGAUGGGCUUGACAUCCGGAAAGCGGCCUUCGAGUGUAUGUACACACUGCUCGAGCAGGGCCUGGAUCGGGUAGAUAUUAUGCAGUUCCUGGAACACGUGCAGGCGGGAUUGCGCGACCACUACGACAUCAAGAUGCUCACGUAUCUGAUGACCGCCCGGCUGGCCGCCCUCUGCCCGAAUGCUGUGCUGCAAAAGCUCGAUCAGUUCGUAGAACCACUCCGAGCGACCUGUACGCUGAAAGUGAAGGCAAACUCGGUGAAGCAGGAGUACGAAAAGCAGGACGAAUUGAAGCGGUCUGCACUGCGUGCCGUUGCUGCGCUGCUACAAAUUCCCAAGGCUGAUAAAAACAUAUACUUGGCGGAGUUUCUAAUUCUGAUCCGCAGCUCGUCUGAGCUACAGCCCCUGCUCGAAUCGGUGCAGAAGGAUUCGUCCGGACAGACGAAUAACAACAUGGACGGGCGCGACUCGUCGAUGGACCAGAGCUAGGUGGAAAGGACUAAGAAACGCAAGGUGGAUGGUGAACAUAAGUAGUCGGAUCGAUUACCGUUUCUGGUCCCGUUUUGUUCGCUCCUUGGUUUCCUCGCCAUCCUUCCCCUUGCGGCAUCGACGUCAUACAAUGCCGCGCGAGUGAGUUGUGUAAAGACGAUCCCUGAGACCCACCCGCCCACCCCCGUCGAUCCUCUAUAAAUCUGCUAUGCAAAAUACGAUCUUAUCCACAAUAUACUAGGUGCGCUUUGCAUUAAUUUUGGUCGUUCGUUUUUAUUGCCUUUUUUUUCAAGGGACCGCAUUUUCGCAGUCAAAGUUGAUGAGUAAGAAUGCUGGGCUUUUGUCCCAUUGAAUUUGCAACCGACCUGUCCUGUCCUUCAUCGGUUCUCGCUAGCUCAGACGAGUGUCUGUUAUGUUAGUUGGGCAUUCUUCCGAAAGUUUCACAGAAGAUAUCGUUGUUUAAAAUCAUCUUUUGUGCUUGAAAUUUAUAUUACCUUUUUUAAUCUGUUGAAACCAAAUUUUUCCUCUACCCUCUUACCUUAAGUAUCGUCGUACUCCAUUGUUUGCGGUGGUUUCUCAACAUGAUACCAACAUUAAUGUAAACGCCCUGACAUACGACAAAGUAAAGCGAUUUAGAGGAUAAAGAUCAUAUAGUAAGCGAAAUCACGAAAGAGAAGCAGCUACCGACGGCUCAAACUACGCGUUGGUUCAAAAGUGAGGCUUAUGAGUUGAAGAGUCGGCAAGAGGACAGCCACCUUGUUAAGCAGCAUACACAACAUUUGCAUCCUUCACAGAUUUGUUGCUUCAUGUCGAUUUUCAUGAUUUUUGUUUGGUCAUUUGUUCUUAUGUAAAGAGGCAAAAAAAUAUACGUAAGUCUGUCGCUCCGCUUCGAUAACGAAACGAGACGGAAAGUCGGAACGGCGAACUGAGCAAACAACUAUUACAACACAGCGAAUGUCACCCAUAAGUGUCCCAUAUCCAUCCCGCCUUGUUCCGGUAGUGGUGUACGCUGGCGCACAGACCAGACACUAUAUAAUACUGAACAUUACGAAGGAUUCGAUACUGGAAACCGAAUACUUGCAAGGAAAAUGAAAAUAAGAACAACACGAUGAAAACACUAUGAAUAAAUGAACAAAAUUAACUGACAGCAAAUAUCAUUCAAA